AUGGCGACGAUAGAUGAAUUGUUACACGAUGCUUUGAACAAAUUUAAAAUUGACAAGUUUAAACCAGAGCAAAGAAUAAUAUUUGAUGCGAUAUGGUCAGGUAAAGACUGUGUUGGGGUUCUCCCGACAGGUUUUGGGAAAUCUCUGCCAUACCAAGUGUUAUCUUUGGUAGAGCGGAAGUGGAAUGGUAGCCGGACAGAACCGUCACCAAAGAUAAUUGUAUGCUGUCCUCUUAUUUCAUUAAUGAUGGACCAGGUCGGGCGACUAAGAGAAAUACCUGACGUAUCAGCAUUUUAUUUAGGUGAAAGUGAAGAAAGUGAUUUGCUGAUAAAGGAGGGGAAGUUUGACUACCUGUUUGGUUCACCAGAGCAUCUGGUUGGUGAUGAUUCAUGGAGAAAUGUUAUAAAGACCUUCAACGUAUCUACAAUUGUUGUAGGUGAAUUUCACACAAUCACAUCAUGGGGUGAAGAUGACACAGGUAAAGCAUUCAGGAAGUGGUUCAGUCACUUAGGGGAGCUCAGAUCUUUCUUCCCUUCAGCUUCUAUAUUGGCACUUAGUGCAACAUGUAAAAAGUCUCAUUACAAAAAAGUUAUGAAAACACUAAACAUGAAGGGAGAUACAGUUAUUGUGAAAGUGUCUCCUAACAGAUCAAAUAUUAAAAUCUUAGUACAUAAAGUCAUUAGCAUUGAAAAUGAUUUCUUAAAAGUUGUUGAUGCUCUCCAGGAAAACAUGAUGCCUAGAACAUUAAUCUACUGUUCCUCAAUUAAAGAUGUUUCACUUAUUUAUAACUACCUUACCAGUGAAGCAAUAAACACCUUAACAUUUAUUGGCAUGUAUCAUUCUGAAACACCAAGUAAAAACAAAGAAGAAAUACUGGACAAAUUAAAGGAACAAAACAGCAACUUUGUAAUAAUUGCUACAAAUGCUUUGGGCAUGGGCAUUGACAUAGUAAACUGUAACAAUGUGAUUAUCUAUGGGGCUCCCUAUACAGUCACCGAUUUCUGGCAACAAGUUGGACGCAUUGGUCGUGACGGUUCCAAUUCUACUGCCAUCCUUGCCUAUAAUUCAUAUCAUUUAAGAUCAGCUGAUGAAGAUGUCAAAAUGAUUUUCAAAACAAAAAGAUGCAGACGCAUGGCUGCAAUAUCUGAAUUUCUAACAAAGAAGGAACAAAAGAUUUUACGAAAUGAAACAGGCAACCAUCUGUGCUGUGAUUUCUGUGAGAAAUCGUGCACAUGUGGUAAAUGCUCAUCAACUUCACUGGAAAAAUUGUUCAUGUCAAAUAACAAUGACAUAGAAGAUGAAAACUUAACUGACAAAAGCAGUACAAUUUCAUAUGAAUAUUCUGAUUUCAGUGACUGGGAGAUGGAGGAACAGUCAAUAUACUGAACUUUGUUCUGGGUUUCAGGCCAUUUUUCAACAGUAAUUCAGUUAUGUAACAGUGGGCAGUUAAGGCAUCAGUAAUUCGGUCAAAAAUAUGCUUCUGUGGUAUAGCCAAAAUAAGUCCAAAGUAAAUAAAAUAUAUGCUCAUUUUCAGAAUUUUGUGUACAUAGAACAAAGGCUGAUAACAUACUUUUUCAAUGCUAGAAUAUAUUCUGAACAGAACAAGUGAAUGAAGUGUUGCCAUGCAAUACAAAGUCCCCUACUGGAAGGCACCUAAUUUUCUCUACUGCAGUAUAACAUAAUGAACUGAUAUCUGUCAAUGAUGUAUAAACAAUAUUGUACUACAUAUACAAUAUGUUAUAACAACACACUUGGAUUAAAAUGUGCAUAUAUAAAAACCCACAGUUGUUUUCAUAUUGAAUUUUUUUGGCUGAUUAUAAAAAUGUUAUCAUGUAAGUUAUUUAUAGUAACAACAAAGGGAAAUUAAUCUUUAAAAAAAAAAAAAUCUAUAUAAUAUAAGUCCACAAGAAACUCUUUACCAGGUAGAGAUAGGUCAAAAUACACCUAAAAAUUGGAUGUAACAUGCAUGCUGUACCACAGAAAAGUGGUCUCGAUUUUUCUCUACCGCCAGUAAUAAAAAAAAUCUAUUUAUAGUAACAACAAAGGGACGUAAUUCUAAAAACAAGGGUGCCUCAUGGUGGUGAACAUUUGUUCCAAGUUACAUCAAAAUCCCUCCAUGCAUGAAGAAGAAAUGUUCCGUACAAAGUUAUUCUUGAAUUUGACCUUUGACCUCUAAAUAUGACAUUGACCUUAGACCUAGGGACCUGGUUCUUGCGCAUGACAUGUUGUCUCAUCCAGGGGAAUAUUUGUGCCAAUUGAUAUCUAAAUCCUGCUUUGCAUGACAAAGUUAUAGACCAGACAGGAAAAAAAUUCUCUUGACCUUUGAUCUCAAAGUGUGACCUUGACCUUUAAGCUAGGGUACUGGGUGUUGCGCAUGAUACGUCGUCUCAUCAUGGGAAACAUUUGUGCCAAGUAAUAUUAAAAUCCCUUCAUGGAUGGCACAGUUAUGGACGGGACAGGAAAAAAACUGUUGACCUUUGACCCCCAAUUGUGACCUUGACCUUUGAGCUAGGGGUCCGGGAUUUGCGCAGGACACAUCAUCUCAUCAUGGGGAACAUUUGUGCUAAGUGAUAUUAAAAUCCCUUAAUGAAUGUCAGAGUUAUGGACCGGACACGAAACAGACCCUGUUCAUGCUAUGUUAACAUUUGACUGCUUAGUGUGACCUUGACCUUUGAGCUAGGGGUCUGAAAGUUGUG